CUCCGGCGGUAUCCAGGGCGGUAUCUCCAACGGCGCCGACAUCUACUUCCGUGUUGCGUUCAAGCCCCCGGCCACCAUCGGCCAGGCCCAGAACACGGCCACCUACGCCAUGGAGGAGGGUAUCCUCGAGGCCAAGGGCCGCCACGACCCCUGCGUCACCCCCCGCGCCGUUCCCAUCGUCGAGGCCAUGUCCGCCCUGGUCAUCAUGGACGCCCUCAUGGCUCAGUAUGCUCGCGAGAGCGCCAAGAGCCUCCUGCCUCCCUUGCCCAACACCAUCCCCACCCGUCCUACCCUGAGCGGUUCCAACUAAAAAAAAAAAAAAAAAAAAGCCCUUUUCUCCUCAUUGCAUCAUGAAGAUCUAAUCGAAGCAAUCAUCUUUAUGUUCAUUUCAUGGUUUCUUUCUCCAUAUUUCCGGGAACAGGCUUGGGAAAAGUUGUUUCCUUCAUUUAUUGGAAUGUGGCUUCAACACUACAUUCAGUGUUUUCCUAUAUAUUUUUUGGCCUAUUUGUUUCGAGACACCAUUCAUGAAAAAUUAGAGUGCAGCGAUAUAUCAUGGUAUGACAAUUUUGGAUAUAUUUUUAUUCUCCUUCUUUUCCUCUUUCUUUUGGUAUAUCCAACAUCGGCUUAUAAGAAUACGGGCAUGUAUCUGGUUGUUUACCACACAUCAUUGUUGCCGAACGGUGUUCAACUGGGCAAUCCAUUGGGCCUUCCUAAUCGGUCGAGUCCAGCCUGCGGCGCCGGCUUGCCCCGAUUGGAUGUUCCGUUGACGCCGGUGAUACUGGUAACGUGUGGAUGUUCUCCAUCUGGCUAUUCGCAAUCUCGAGGGUUUCCACUCAUGGCUCAUAAUAUUAUAGUAAGAUCAUUACAUCAGGGGGAAACCUCAUUUCCCACCACAUGGUUCGUGAACACAUACAUACAUACAUACAUAUAUCGUUUUAUAUGAACAUGGUCAACAUCGUCUUUCCAGCACCAAACACAAACAGGGGUAACAACGGUAACGAAGGGGAAUGGAAGUUGGUCUGCGCUCGCCAGAUUCGUCAUUGCC